AUGGCAUGUGAGAGAUGUGGCAUACUCAAGGCAGUGAUUGUUAGACCAAGCGAUAAGAGCAAAAUUUGUAAGAUGUGUUUUUUUGAGGUUUUUGAGAAUGAAGUGCAUGAAACAGUGAUCUCUUCAAAUAUGUUCAGCAAGGGCGAAAAGGUGGGUGUUGGUGUAAGUGGAGGAAAGGAUAGCACUGUGCUGGCAUAUGUGCUGGACUUGUUGAACAAGAAGCAUGAAUAUGGGGUCGAACUUGUGCUAUUGAGUGUUGAUGAGGGAAUAGCAGGAUACAGGGACUAUUCUAUUGAAGCUGUGUGUAAGAAUCGCGAUGAUCUUGGACUCAAGCUUAAAAUUGUGUCUUUUUCAGAUAUAUUCGGCGUAACUAUGGAUAAGGUUGUUGAAAAGGUCGGAAGAAGAGGAAGCUGCACAUAUUGUGGAGUAUUUCGCAGAAAAGCGAUUGAGCAGGCAGCAAGAGAGAUGGGUGUUGAUGCAAUAGCCACGGGUCAUAAUGCAGAUGAUAUGGCAGAGACUGUUUUGCUGAAUAUUGUGCGAGGAGACAUAUCAAGGCUCAGAAGAUGCACUCUUGAAAAGACAAAUGCGCAGGAUGAUGGUAAUGGAGGAGUUAUGUCGCUGCCCAGAAUAAAGCCGUUCAAGAACUCUUAUCAAAAGGAAAUUGUACUUUAUGCAUUCCAUAAACAACUUAGGUAUUUUUCAUCAGAGUGCGUAUAUUCUCCAGAGGCAUCCAGGGGAGACUUGAGGGAGCUAGUGAAGGAAUUAGAAAAGAUUAAUUCGAAGAUAAUCCAUAAUAUCAUCCGAAGCGGGGAGAUGCUACAAUCAGAGAGAUCUGUAAGUGCUAAUCCAACACCAUGUAUCAUCUGUCUACAUCCAACAUCAUCUGAAAAGAACAUAUGCAAUGGAUGUGAGUUUGUAAGAAAAUUGAAAGAAAAUGGAAUCUGA